AUAGACAGCGCGAGAGACAAGCUUCACCCACAGUUGUCGCGAGCCAAAGAGCGUAAAAACAAUUUCGGCUGAAGUGAGUUAAUUUUUGCGGCGGAAAUGCAUCGUUAGGAGUGUCCGAGCCUGUACAAAUUGGAGAGAGAGAGAAAAAAAUCGACGAGAAAAAGAUUCCCCAAACAUCAGAAGUGUUCUAGGUGCAGCGCAAAAAUAGAAACGGAGCUAUUUUUAUUCACCCUGUUGCCCGUUCACGCCGAUUUGGAUUGAGCGUUUAUACUGUACGUCGCGCGCAAGUUCUUCAUUCUGAAAACUAGUGAGCUAAUUACUUACUGGUUUUAUUUGGUUUGGUCUUGGUGAAGUGAAUGACUGGGGGAUGGUGGUAGUAGUAGUAGAGGAGAGGGAGGAGGGUCUUGGUGCUAUUUGAUCGGUGCGCUUUUGUAAAUCACAAAGCUUCCCAUCCAGAGCCUGCAAGGACAAGCUGGACGAGUGCCGCGGGCUCCCGGAAUUGUUUUGCGUGGUUCGGAUAACACAAACACAUGGGGAUCUUCUGGGUUUAUGGACCGGGCUGCACACGUGCUGUUUAAUCUCCACUGGAUUUAAUAGCGUGAAACACUUUGGAAUAUAUCGCGGAGCCGAGAGUAUCGUAGUCUACAUGCUCGUUUGGAGAACAUUCAGGUAACAUCUACAUCAGUGCAGUACAGGAGGUGUGUGUCCUCUGUGCCAGCGAUGGGGUGGAGAGAACUGACGAUUGACCUGCUGCUACUGCUGCUGCUGGCAGGUUCCCACCUGGAGGCUGUGAGCUUUCCUGAGGACAACAUCCCGCUGGACGUCGUGGACAGAAACUAUGCUCGACAGUACCCGGUGUUCCGAGGACGCCCCUCCGGCAACGAAUCUCAGCACAGACUGGACUUUCAGCUCAUGACACAGAUACAUGAUACGCUGUUCAUUGCGGGCAGGGACCAGGUUUAUUUAGUGAGUCUGAGAGAAUCUUACAGGAACGAGAUUAUCCCAUACAGGAAACUGACGUGGCGGUCGGGACAGGCGGACAGAGAGACGUGCGCCAUGAAGGGAAAACAUAGAGAUGAGUGCCAUAACUUCAUUAAAGUCCUGGUUCCGAGAAAUGACGAUCUGGUGUUCAUCUGUGGAACAAAUGGUUUUAACCCCAUGUGCCGCUACUACAGGUUGGACAACCUGGAGUUUGAUGGGGAAGAAAUCAGCGGGUUGGCCCGUUGCCCGUUUGACGCCAAGCAGACGAACGUUGCCCUGUUUGCUGAUGGUAAGCUGUAUUCUGCUACUGUGGCAGACUUCCUGGCCAGUGAUGCCGUCAUCUAUCGUAGCAUGGGGGACGGCUCUGCCCUCCGCACCAUAAAAUACGACUCCAAGUGGUUAAAAGAGCCACAUUUCCUCCACGCUGUGGAUUAUGGGGAUUACGUGUACUUUUUCUUCAGAGAAAUCGCAGCAGAACAUAACAACCUGGGGAAGGCAGUUUACUCCAGAGUGGCUCGGAUCUGUAAAAAUGACAUGGGAGGGUCCCAACGGGUGCUGGAAAAACACUGGACAUCUUUUGUUAAGGCGCGCCUGAACUGCUCUGUUCCUGGAGAAUCGUUUUUCUACUUUGACGUUCUUCAAGCAAUUACUGACAUCAUCAACAUUAAUGGAGUGCCUUCUGUGGUGGGAGUUUUCACCACCCAGUUGAACAGUAUUCCAGGAUCUGCAGUGUGUGCUUUCUCGAUGGCGGACAUUGAGAAAGUGUUCCGAGGCCGUUUCAAAGAGCAAAAGACUGCAGAUUCCGUGUGGACACCAUUUCCUGAGGAGAAGCUGCCCAAGCCCAGACCUGGCUGCUGUGCGGGACACGGCUCAGCGGAGUCCUACAAAAACUCCAUCGAGUUUCCAGAUGAGACCCUACAGUUCAUCAAGUCCCACCCACUCAUGGAUGCCUCUGUCCCCUCCGUCGGAGACGAACCGUGGUUCACCAAAACAAGAGUCAGGUACAGACUGACAGCACUUGCAGUGGACAACACAGCAGGACCCCAUAAGAAUUACACAGUGGUCUUCAUCGGCUCCGAGGCUGGCAUCGUGCUGAAAGUUCUGGCAAAGACGUCUCUGCUGUCUUUGAAUGACAGCAUCCUACUGGAAGAGAUAGACGUCUUCAACCAAGCCAAGUGUUUAUCCAGCAACGAGGACGAUCGGCGAAUUCUGUCCUUCCACCUGGAUAAAGACACGCACACCCUCUAUGUGGCAUUUUCCAGCUGUGUGGUCAGAAUACCUCUCAGCCGCUGCGAACGGCACAGUUCAUGUCAAAAGUCUUGCAUUGCUUCUAGAGACCCUUACUGUGGGUGGAUGUCGGAGGGAGCCUGUGAGCGCAUUCCCGCAGCUGUCCAAACCAGUUAUGAGCAAGAUGUUGAAUACGGCAACACUGCACACCUCGGCGAUUGUCAUGAAUUUUUGGCCACUACAUCAGCGCCAGAUUUCAAAUCAUAUGGCGACCCAACCUCUGACAUGGAGUUGCCAUCCUCGUCAGUCACUGUGUCCGCGACUUCUGAACCCAUACAAUCACCCCAAACCAUCCCCACACAGAGUCCCCAACUCAUUGGCUCGCGGACAUUUGUGCUCCACGAUGAUCCAGCCACGUCACAUUCUGUUGAGCCUUUCCCAGGUGUGCUGGAGGGUAAGGCCUUGACUGAGCGCUCGGUGCUGCUGCAUGGAAAUCUGGGUGUGUGGGAAAUUCAAGCAGGUGAAUCUAACCAGAUGGUACACAUGAACAUCCUCAUCACCUGUGUGUUUGCCGCGUUCCUGCUGGGUGCAUUUAUUGCAGGCAUGGUCGUCUACUGCUAUAAGGAUGCCUUCCAACGCCCUCCACGCAAAAUCCAAAAAGAUGCAGAGGCAGCUCAGUCUUGCACAGAUUCCACAGGUAGCUUUGCCAAGCUCAAUGGUCUGUUUGACAGUCCUGUCAAAGAGUACCAACCCAAUAUGGAUUCCCCCAAACUCUACACCAACCUGCUAAGCAGUGGGGGGGAGGUCCCAACCACUGGAGACACCAAGACAAUGCUCCUGACUGGGCAACCACCAGAACUAGCAGCACUUCCUACCCCCGAGUCCACGCCCGUGCUGCAACAGAAAGGCCUUCAGCCAAUAAAGAACCAAUUGGAGAGGACUCAUGGAAGGCUAAGCAGCUCCCGAAAAGAUGGGCCACCCAAAAGCCCACAAUACCUUCCCUCCAGUCCACCUCCUCAUUCCACCAUCAGCAACCCCCACAUUCCCAGCGCUGUGGUACUGCCCAAUGCCACACAUGAGAACAAAGCCACCUUCACUACCCCUGAAGGACCUCAAGCUGAGAAAAAGAUCCACAAUAGUGAUCAACAUGGUUUCAAGUCAGGCCGUAAAGACCAACGGCGCACUGUAGAUGCCAGGAACACACUUAACGACCUUCUGAAGCACCUGAAUGAGAGCAACCCAAAGGGGAUAAUGGUGGAGGUGCCCAAGUCCCGUCAGCACCUCAUGCUAGAACCCAUUGUAAGCCCAACAGAGAUCCCACCCAAAGUCCCAAGCCGAGAAGCCUCCUUGUACUCUCCCUCUUCCUCUUUACCCAGGAAUAGCCCAACCAAGAGACUGGAUGUGCCGACUACGCCAACGUCUCCUACAGGUCAGAUGGGAACUCUCGAGAGACAGCGGUAUCACCGCAGCUCUUCCCAGCGACACUCUAUAUCUUCACCACCCAAAGGGCUGCACUCACCCAGUGGGGCCAUUGUGUCCCGGCAGCCCAGCUUGAACAGAGGUGGGUACAUGCCACCAACCCCUACCCCACCCACCAGACUAGACUCUCACGGGGUGGCGAUGGCUAUGACGCCCUCCAUAUCCCGGCAGAAUAGCUACAGUGGUCAAGGAUCUUUACCCCGAACCUCGAUCAAACGGACAGCAUCGCUAAAGCCCGAUGUGCCCCCCAAACCCAACGGCUUUGCGCCACAGACUGCACAAAUGAGGGUAGUGAACAAGUAUAGCUACUGAGAUGCUCAGCAGGAUUUUACUCCAUGAAUGGUCAUUGGGAGUAAAAGAAUUUGGCCUGAACAGAUAUGUUGUGCCAGUCUCUGUUUCCUUUGAAAGGAAAAUAAUCGGAGGCCAGAGCUUCUGCUUCGGGUAGUUCUGCUAUUUCUCAAUGAUGUUGUCUUGUUAAGCUCAGUUUGAGCAACAUGUGACGGAUUCUGAUCUUCAAGGUGGCAGGGUCACCUAAGGUCACAGCUGAUGGAAGCUUAGGAUGGACCUAAGGAAGCUGCAUAGAUGCUGCGGCAUUCGUGGAGCGAAUGCUCCCCUUGCACUGAUUUCCCAGUCAAUGUGAGGUGUGGAAACACAGGAGAUAUGGCUGUAUCUGUCAGACUCUGAAAUGAUAUUCGUGCUUGGAUAUCUCUCUAAAAGACAAACAGAGUGAAAUAAACAUAUUGCGUGUCUGUGUUUGAUUAGUCUCUGGGCUAACCAGUAUGCAUUUAAUUGUCCUUGUUUGUUCUGUAAACUGAGAACAAGCUAGAGUCAUUGCUGUUAUAAACCUAAACCCCAUUUAAGGUGCAUUAACUUCAGAUGUGUUUGGAUUCAGAAGUCCAGAUAUGAAUUAAGUCAUUUCUGUGUGCAAAAGAAAUGUCCAAGGCACCUACCUGGACAACUGAUUUGAAAACUCAUAAGGGAAAAGUGCCCUCAACAUGUGUGCUGCUAAGUGUAGAUGAUGAUGUUUAAUGGACUCCAGUGUGAUGUUCCAUGCAGCAGUUUUCCGUGUCAGGCAGAGUCAAGCUUUUAAACCAACAGGCUCAGCACAGGAUCAUGUAUGUUGGUAAAACAUACAAUGUUCUAUUUGGUCACUCUUAGAUCUAGGAAAUUACAGCAAAUCCUCUUAUCUCAUAAAGUUGUCUUAUUGCUGUGACAUAAGGCAGAUUAUUGAUCAACCUCUCUCCUUUCCCACAUGCCAAACACUGCUGUUGGGUCAACUUAUUGAAAGUUUAUUGCAGUUCACACCAUUACAUAGAGAUUGCUUCUUGUGUCUUUGGCAAUCCUACUGAAAAGACCAUCUUAAACCAGCUGAAAGUUGGUUGGGUGCUGGUCUUAGCUGGUUUAAGUCUUGCCAAGCUUGUUUUCAGUUGGUUUAGAUGGUCUCCCAGCAUGGCCAAGUUGGUGUCCCAGCCUAACCAGCUGACAAGUGCCCAAAACCCCUCUAAAACCAUAAAACCAGACCAGCCUAACCAAUGGAAAUGGCCAGCUUAGACCAGAAAACCACCUUAGGCUGGUUUAAGAUAAAAGUGUUUUAUAUAUAUAUAUAUAUAUAUAUAUAUAUAUAUAUAUAUAUAUAUAUAUAAUAAAAUAAAAUAAAAAGAACGUCAAACAGCACAUUCCCCGCUGUAAACCACUCCUCAGAAUGGCCGGUUCUGUGGAGACGUAUUCUGUGACCCAACAAGGUUCAAAUAAAGAGUCCGCUUCACUCUGAUGGUCCACAUACUUAAAGAAUAGAGGCCUCAGUUCCAUACUAGGAAUAACUGUGCAAUCACUGCAGUACCAGUGUGUCCUGCAGAGUGAUGCCAGUGAUAACUUUAUUGUAUACAACUAUUUAAGUGUGGAUAUUUUCAAGGCAAGUUUGCCUGGAUCAGUGUAUUUGUGUGCCUUAUUGAAGUCAUGAGCAUUUGUUUUGGUUUUGGACAUUAUCAAACAAAUUGUUUUCGGAUGGAUGGGGACAUUUAACCAAAUAUCCAAUACUGGGGGAGGGCAAAGGUAAAAUGUUAUGAAUGGAGAAUUAAGAAUGCUCCCCAAAUGCUCCUCCUCUUGAUUUCUGUGGUGGUUACAGCUCUGGAUGGGGGAGAUCAAGAUAUGUCCAAACACUUGAAAUGCUGUUCAUUUACAGAAGUGAGUUCCAGAGGUAAAAUGAAUGGAAACAAAGAUUAUUAUAAUUACUCCUCUGCAUUGCCAUUUAUUCUUAAGCGUUUUGGGGAAGUGAUAAUUUGCGAUGAUGCCAUGUAAUGAAUGUAUUAUGAUUCUAAAAUGACUACAAGCUGAAUUUCAGCUCACAUUAUUCCUCAACAUUUCAUGGGGGUCAAAUUGUUAUUAAAGGGGCUAAUCUAUGAUUAGAGAUUUGCAGUUUGUUUUUUAUUACUUGGGGGGAUUUCAGUAUAUGGAGAAGAUGGAACUUGUCUCUUCAAGCCCAAAGCUUCAUGUUUGUUUACAUGUUCUGAUUGUGUUUGAGCAGCUGAGUGAUAACCGAUGUGUCAUCGCCUGCUAAAGAUCAGUUUUAUUAAAGGAGAGAGAGUUGAUCCUGCGCUCUGAUUCAAAUCGUCCUGUGUUGAGCUGCCUUGUAUAUUGCAAUAUGAAUCUGCAAUCUGACUUCACGCCUUUACCGUUCAGUCAAUACUCUUCGCAAAGAAACCAGACUGGUCUACCUUUUAUUUUUAUUACUGUGCAAACAUUAGCAGGUGGAAAACAGCUUUUUUUUUUUUUUUUCAGAAUGUUUUAAUGUGUAGAUAUUAUAAAGCUGUACUGUGAAUGUGUAAAUAAUUACAUUCAUUGUUUAAGAAUAUUUUUGUUGACUUUUUUUAACAAGGCAUGUAUAGUUGAAAUAAAAUAUUGCU